AUGCCUGCAACAGCGAAGCCGAGGGUCGUCGCCUUGGGAGACCCCAGGUAUGUUGGCGCGGAGUACUUGGCCGACUUCCAGAAAGAGUUUGACUACUCUGUGCUACCUGCCACAAACCGUACCGAGACCCAACAGAUGCUACCGGAUGAUAUCGCCGCCAAUGGACCUAUUGACGCUUUUAUCAUCCGUAUGGGCACCCCGCCGUAUGAACCGUUUGAUGAGGGGCUGCUCAAAGCCCUGGUACCAGACUGUAAGAUCAUAGUGUCGGCCAGCGCAGGAUUCAAUGAAUUCGAUGUGCAAUGGAUGGCCGACGAGGGCAUCUGGUUCUGUAAUACAGUUAACGCGGUGGCCGAGGCCACAGCUGACAUGGCGUUAUUCUUGAUCCUUGCUGUACUAAGAAAUACCACCAACGCUGAAAAGAGUGCCCGCGAUGGAACAUGGAGGGCAGCAGGUCUUGUUCCUGCACGCGACCCAUCUGGAUUGACGUUGGGUAUUGUUGGCAUGGGGGCGAUUGGAAAAUAUAUCGCAAAGAAAGCCGCUUGUUUCAAUAUGGAGAUCAAAUAUCACAACCGGAAUCAACUACCCGCCGAUGAAGAAGUCAAGUACGGUGCUACAUACUGUGAAACCCUGCACGAGCUACUAGCGUCGAGCGACGUAGUCUCAAUCAGCUGUCCUCUCAACGCAAACACCACAAACCUCAUAAGCGAAGCAGAAUUUGCCGUCAUGAAAGACGGAGUUUUCUUGAUCAACACAGCCCGUGGUGCUGUCAUCGAUGAAAACGCCCUCAUUGCGGCCUUAGAAAGCGGCAAGGUUGCGCGUGCUGGUCUGGAUGUCUUUGUGAAUGAGCCAAGACCGGACCCAUACUUCUUGCAGAGUGAUAAGGUUAUUAUACAGCCUCAUUUGGGAGGGUUGACAGAUGUUGCAUAUCAGAAGGCGGAGCGAGAAUGCUUUGAGAAUAUCCGGGCGUUUUUCACGAAGGGAAAGGCUAAUUCGCCUGUGAUGGAGAUUAAGCCAAAACCAUGA